UGUUAAAUAUUAAUUGAAAACUUCAUAUAAUCUGCAAUUAGAUUAAAAAUCGGUCUAGUACGGACAAAAAUAUUUAGUAUGCUUGGUAUUUGUCCAUCUAAUCAAACAAAAUGGUGAACAUGGAUGACGUGAGCACAGGUGCAAAUCUAAUCUGCACCAUGCAAUAUUUAAUUCUACAUGGACUUAUGUAUCUGCAUUCCUUUUCUGAAAAAAAUACGACCGAUUCCCAACCCCCAGUUAGUUAUUCUUUAAAUCAUGAAAGAAAUAUUUACAUCGAUCAGAGGAAGAAGAUCCUGGAAGUUCUUAAUUAUAUGCAGUUUGUUAAUUGGCUUCUUCUGGCUCUUAACGUUUGGUAGGAGGGGAGCAAUGAAGGGAUUCACGGAUUCGAAAUCCUUCGUAGCAGUUCGAGAAGACGGAUAUCCCCCAGAAUCUAAACAAACUUACAAAAGCCAGCCGUUUCAGAGACCCACGUUGAGAAAAAAUGACGGACCAGUUUGUAACUUAUGUGAUCCACUUGCUGACAUGGUCAUAGUUCAGGAGAAUUUUGAAAGAAUGGACCAGUUUGAUCCUAGAUUAAUUGGGUACGUUCGCGCUAGAUAUGUGAUCCCGCCUCCACCAAGGUCAAAACCUUAUAACCUUAUCGACCCCGACCCAUCACAUCAUAAGAGUGAGUUUGGAAAUUUGAUCCGAAAAUUGUACAAGGAUAAGAAAGGCGGUGUUUUCUUAGAGGCCGGUUCCAAUGAUGGAGAAGGAAAUUCUCACACCCUUGACCUAGAAAUGAACCUUGAAUGGAGUGGGCUAUUGGUGGAAUGCAAUCCAAAGAUUAUUGACAAAUUGAAAAAUGCUGGGAGAAGAGCGUGGUUGGCAACUGUGUGCUUAUCGACAAGUAGCCAUCCGCAAGUACUUAAAAUGUCGAUCCCAUUAGAAUGGGAUAGUGCACGACUGGGCCCAUCUUGGAAUGUCGCAGAAGCAGGAAGGAUCUCGAACUGGACUUCGAUGGAGGUCGAGGCAGUUCCUUUGUACACGGUUCUCGCCGCUGUGGGGUUAAAGGUCAUUGACUACAUGUCGCUUGAUAUUGAAGGCUUUGAACUUCCUGUGCUCAAAAUUUUUCCAUUCGAUAAAGUUACCAUCAAGGUGUUGGUUUUUGAAAUUCAUUUUUAUACAACUGAAGAGAAACAAGAGCUGAAACAGCUUUUGGAACGAAACAGUCUCCUGUUUGUGAAGAGGUUUGAUUAUGACGAGAUUUAUGUACAUGAAAGCAUAUUAACGGAAUACGGUGUCACCCUAGAAUAUUUAACGAAGCUUUAACAUAUAAAGUGCUUUAUUUGAGUGGCAAGUUAU